AACCGGGUGGGAUCGUGAAAACUCGUACAGGGUUGCAUUUGCUGCGUUCCGACACUCAUGCCUCAUCCGUUGUAUACACCGCACGUAUAAAAGUGAUUUUAAAGGGUAUUUAUUCGAACUAUGUAACGGUAAAUUUACCGAUUUAAUUUCUAGUAAAAACUGUCAGUGAUCGAUUUAUUUUUGUGAUAUUCGGAUUUUUGUGGUGAAGAUAUUUAUAAUGAUUUCGAGAGGACAAUUGUUUUCCUGGUGCGGAAUUUUACUUGUCCUUGUUAUCAACUCGGGAGAAGCCCUAGAAUGUUACCAGUGUCUAUCACGUGCACUCGCUGAUGACCAGUGUAAAGGUGAUUUCAUAACGCAAAAGGGCAUUCAGGACGUGGUGAACUGCUCCCAAGCGAAGAUGAACGAUUGGUACCGUAAGAUGAGCGAUGAUCGCGAUCUCCAGCAGUUGGCUUUCGUCUUCGAGGUGGCCCAGAGCCAUUACCCGUCCCCAGAACUGGAGGAAUUCUCCUGUCUUAAGCUUAAAUUGAAAGUCAACAACGAGUGGACAACAAUGAGAACCUGCCAGUCGAAACAAACCGCAGCCCUCGAUCCUUGCAAAAAAAUCGAAGAGGGCUCGAUGAAGCAUCCGAAGAAAGCGAUAACUGUCGAAUACUGUGGACUAUGCACCAAGGAUAAGUGCAAUGGUACAGGAAUUAAUUCAGCGACUUAUCUCGCCACCUUUUUGUCCCUCGCAGUGACACUCGGUCUCAGGGGUUAUCUCCAUCGAGCUGUUUAACUCCCUCGAUCGUCAUCAGCCGGGAAAAAAAAUGUGAGAAUGAGGUAAAACCUUGAAAAAAUAUAUGUGUAAGGAGAAAUGAGCGCUAUCUGCCCACUCGUUGUCAUCACACAUCAAAGCUUCGUACCUAUUAAUUACCUCAUAAUUAUUUAUUUCAAUCAACUACACAAGAAUGAGAUUAAUGAUCUAGAAGAGACAAGUGAGUAGAUUUUUCGAAGGAAAAUUCCGUUUUCACUUUGAUAUUCGAUAAAUUUUUUAUUCUGUUUGAGAGAUUAUUUAUUUAUUCGAUUCCUUUGUCAGAACAAAAUAAAGAUGAUACAUAAUCCUGCGAAGCAACAAUCGAAUGUGUUUUACGUAAUUAAUAUGAGGAAUUUUCAGUGAAGAUAAAUGAGAAAAUGAUUUUCUGUGAUUUUAAUAAAUUCAGCAGGCGCUCUUUCUGUACUUAUAACCAUCGAAACUAAUUAAGUUAAUGAUAAUUAAUAAUUUCGAAAUUAUUUGAAAUUGAUUUGCACGGAGAGGAAAAUAGGAUAAAAGUGACAUUAAACAAUCGAUAAUUUUUCGGUGUAACCCAAAGAAAAUUAAUGCAAUUAAUUUGACAAAUUAAUUUAAAGGGGAGGGGGACGAUUUACGUCAGACGGUGUAUACAAUUAGCGCUAGAUAAUUACAAUUUCUAUUGUCAAUUUAAUUUUUUUUUUCGGAGGGCUUUUUAUCAAUUUUUUUUCUCUCUGUGCAGAUUCUUGGAAUUCACGAUUUUUGUAUUCAAGUGUGUGUGGAAUAUAAGAUAGGAUUUCUAAUUUUUUUAUUGCCAUCACAUAGAUUAUUAUUCUCAUAGUACAUUCGACAUUUUUUAUUAAUUAUAAACUGAGAUUUAAGAUUCAGAUUUUGAGAUUUCACCUGCAUUAAGAAGUAGUGGGAAUUCAUGUUUUUCACUUAGCUAGUAAUAAAUUAUUGCUUUUCAUUUAAUUCAAUAAUCUACAUCAUUAUGAAUGAAUUGCGUGCCUCGAUGAUGCCCAGACCGCCUAAAAAAUUAGAUUAUAAUGUAUAAAUAUUGUGUAAACACAACCAUAAAAAUGAGAAAAUCAGAUAAAGCACCGAUAAAAAGGUCAACGAUUUAUUAUUUAAAACGCAGAGAUGAUAUUCAAAAUAAUGUACUUCAGGAGCUUACAAAUACACGUGAAUACAAAAUUAUACUCGAAUAAUGUACCAAGACCACUUUGCCGGUAAUAAAAUUGAUUAAACUGAUAACAUAAUCUCGAUUAUUUACGAUGUUCACAAAUUGUUGACAACAUAUUGGAUGUUACAUUAAAUAAACAUUAAUUGAUGCUGUGUUCAAA